GGUAGCUCUUUAUCUUUUUUCACUUGAGUUGUGGGUGCCGAGUUUAAUCCCGAACUCGGGUUCCUGGUUCAACUCACUGAACUCUUAAUAGUAUGAGUUUUGGUCUUAUUCCCACAAACUGUUUGAUAAAAUUACAAGGAGAGAAUAACAGAUAAAGGAUAAUACUUUGCUCAUUGGAGAGUUGGAAGAAUGCCCAAAAGUAAAUUGUUAGAUGGAGAUCGAAUGCGCGUGUCUUUAUCUACUUUUACCAAGUCUGUAGUCUGUGGCUCAUUCAAACUAACUUGUGGGUUAUGCAAGAACAAUGAUUGUUCCAACGUGCACACACGUUGCACAUGAGUAGUAAAAAAAUGGAUGUGGAUUGGUUGGUACAGAAUAUUUACAUUGGAAGAAUGGUCCCUUUUUCAGUGGGGCAGUAGUGAUUAGUGUCGAAGCAAUCCUUACUUUUUCUUCCUCAUUUUUUUACAUGAACUUGAUAUAGUUAGUUAGAGUAGCUGCUAACAAUGAAAUGUUUUUACUUCUAGCAGCACUGACUAUGUCAUUGAUAUCUAUUUGGAAGAUGGAAAGUGCAUGCUCAGGGGAUUUAUUAAAACUUUGGACAUGUAUGAGAGUUUAAUGAAUCUUCAAGAUACAUGUGAAACAUGGGUGUGAGAAGUGAAUGGCCCCUUUCUUUCUCUAUUCCGUAGUGCUGCAAUCACUUUGUUUAAGUUGACCUUGCCCGAAACUUCUUUUCGUGAGAUGGUGGUGGUGGUGGUGGUUCUAAUAGCACAGAGAAAGUGGGUAUUUGAGCAGUAGUUAAAUAAAGAAAAGAAAUACCUGGUGAUGAUAUUCUCUGGUGCUGGAAAGCACCUUCAUUCUAUACUUGUCUCACUUUAGAAAUCUGGAUUUAUCAGGUUUGGCUGAUGAGGUCACAUAUCCAUGGCUUUCUCUCUCACCACAUAAAUGAAAGUGAGAUGAGGAAAAAAGAAAAAGGCUCCACGUGCAGUGUGGGUGAUGCAUCUCCCCCCUAACUUUUUUUUUUGAAGUUCCAAAACCAUGCUUUAUUCCCAUCUCACCUUUAGUGGAGAAUGAACGCUCUGUUUAGAGGCCCCUUUUCACAUUGAUGAGAUGGGGCAGAAGGUCUUAAAACUACAGUGUUGCUUUUGUUCAUGGAACUUGAUUUCAAGGUUGAAAACUUGCAAGCGCUAUAUAGUCCAAGAAGUCCCAACAGUGGUAUCAAAUAUGAUCAAUAGUAGCAUGCACUUCAAACAACAGAGAUCAGAUAAUUAACAAUAGAGAAUUGCUACAGCAUAAACAAGGGUAUUCUGGGAAUCAUGUUCGUCGGACUUAUGGAUAAGGUUGAAUCAGUCCUGUCUAGGCUAACAAAAAACAAAUAGAUGUAGUGUAGUCUGUCUAGCAAUGAAUAUUAUAUGACCAUCAUCUCAUUAUUCAACUAAUUAAUCCACAAAUGGGUGCUUGAUCCUUCUGUUCAAGCACUAACUAAGUUGGAGUCCAGGUAUCCAACUUUUCCAUUUGUGUACGUAGUCUUUCUUUCUUUUACAUACGAAUGGAUGACUUUUAGACCAAAUGGGUCACAAUCCACACCCAAGGUUCGCCACAAAAUUCCUUCAUUUCAUUUUCUCUAAUUCUGUGCAUGUAUGAUGAUGAGGUUUCAUAAAGUUAGUUAAAGCAGCUUCCCUUUUUAUUUAUAUUUUUGGGUUUGGGGGCAUUAUCAAUUGCAGGCACCACAAAUCUGGAAUCUAUGCGGAUGAUGAAACAUCUGAUCUGACCGUUGAGUAUCAUAGUCAACAUGCAUGUAAAGUCGCCACGUGCCUGCAGCAAGCUGAGAAUUGGAGGAUCCACUCAGAAAGGUCUAAAACAUGAGACUGAAGAAGUGCUGACUGGACUAAAUGACGGAUAGCCACGUAGGAUUACUGAUCUCAUCAUAUCCCUCGAGUAGUAUAUAUAUGGACAUGUGGGACUUUGAGCUUUUCAUCCUCUGGCCUCAAGUAAAAUUUGGAAGUUGUCUUUUUUCAACCUGUACGUCUUAUUCAUUAUGGAUUGGUUUCCACUUAUCAUAGUAAUUCUUAUUUCAUCAUCAGCUUGUGUAGUGCCUGUUAUAGGCGGUAGACAUGGCCGAUUUCCCAAAGAGAAACAGGUGAGUUCACUGCAGGGAGUCGGGGAUCUAGUGAUGAACUUGCCUGGCCAGCCUGAGGUUGGUUUCAGACACUAUGCUGGAUAUGUAAACGUUAACGCGGAAAAUGGAAGAUCUCUCUUCUACUGGUUCUAUGAGGCCUCAACCUUACCAGAAGAGAGACCUUUGGUUCUUUGGCUCAAUGGAGGGCCUGGGUGCUCUUCUGUGGGAUAUGGAGCAACACAAGAGAUAGGACCCUUUGUUGUGGACACAGAUGGCCACACUCUCAAAUUUAACACUUACUCAUGGAAUCGAGAAGCAAACAUGUUGUUCUUGGAAUCUCCUGUUGGAGUUGGUUUUUCAUAUUCAAAUACCACUGCUGAUUAUGACAAACUUGGAGAUGACUUUACAGCUAUUGAUGCAUAUGCGUUUCUGCACAAUUGGUUUCUCAAAUUCCCAUCCUACAGAAACCAGAUCUUUUACAUCGCCGGAGAAAGCUAUGCAGGUAAAUAUGUUCCUGAGCUGGCUGAUUUAAUCCUCAACAAAAACACGGAUUCCUCUCUAUUCAUCGAUCUCAGGGGUAUCUUGCUUGGAAAUCCGGAAACGUGUGAUGCCGAGGAUUGGAAGGGACUGGUGGAUUAUGCAUGGAGCCACGCAGUGGUGUCGGAUGAGACCCAUAAAACAAUAAGAGAGAGUUGCGAUUUCAACAGCAACAACACAUGGAGUAAUGAGGACUGCAGCCAAGCUGUCGAGGAAGUUCUCAGACAAUACAAGGAAAUAGACAUCUACAGUCUCUACACAUCGGUAUGCGGUUCGGCCAGCAUCGAACAAAGUCUCCAAUCCAUGCAAGUCGUGUUCAAGACCAACUCUAAAAUGAUGCCUAGGAUCUUGGGCGGCUACGAUCCUUGUCUCGAUGAGUAUGCCACGAAAUAUUACAACAGACCCGACGUCCAGAGGGCACUCCAUGUUAGCAACGGAAUCCACCUGAAGAACUGGACCAUAUGCAACAUGAAAAUAUUCAACAACUGGCUAGAUUCAAAGGAAUCUGUUCUCCCCAUAUACAAUAGGCUUAUUGGGGCCGGGAUGAGAAUAUGGAUAUACAGCGGAGACACAGAUGGGAGGGUUCCUGUAUUAUCGACAAGAUAUAGCUUAAACUCUUUGGGACUUCCCAUUACCAGAUCAUGGAGGCCUUGGUAUCACCAGAAGCAGGUGGGUGGUUGGUUCCAAGAAUAUAAAGGUCUGACUUUCGCAACCUUUAGAGGAGCUGGACACGCAGUGCCCAUCUUCAAACCGGGAGAGUCGCUAGCCUUCUUCUCAUCCUUUAUUCGGGGCGAAUCUCCUCCUUUUGAGCGAUAGAUGAAUAAACUAACCUAGCUAUAAAUGAAUGAAAACUAAGAUGAAUGAGGCAUAUUAUAUAUUAAGAAAAGAGAGAUGAUGUUUGAGAUAUCAUCAUUUGAUCAAAUAGUCAGUCAGUGUGUGCUUUGUAGUAACCACUCUAAAUAAAAUGACUGAUUUCCCUUCUUGAGCAA